UCGGCCGCCAGUCGGAAGCUCCAGCCCUGAGCCGGGGAAGUGGCCGCAGAGGCUGCUCGGCCCCGCUGCCCGCCCGGCCGUUGGCUCCUGCUCCGGGCCCAGGGCCACCGGCUGUGAAUUUCAAAAUGAGCGUCCCUGACUAUAUGCAGUGUGCUGAGGACCACCAGACUCUGCUUGUGGUGGUCCAGCCUGUCGGCAUCGUCUCUGAAGAGAACUUCUUCAGGAUCUACAAGAGGAUCUGCUCCGUGAGUCAGAUCAGUGUGCGGGACUCCCAGCGAGUGCUGUACAUCCGCUACCGACACCACUACCCACCAGAGAACAAUGAGUGGGGUGACUUCCAGACUCACCGCAAAGUCGUGGGUCUUAUCACCAUCACAGACUGCUUCUCGGCCAAGGACUGGCCACAGACCUUCGAAAAGUUCCACGUGCAGAAGGAGAUCUACGGCUCCACGCUGUACGACUCCCGGCUCUUUGUCUUCGGGCUACAGGGGGAGAUCGCGGAGCAGCCUCGCCCCGAUGUGGCCUUCUACCCCAGCUAUGAGGACUGCGAGACAGUGGAGAAGAGAAUCGAGGACUUCAUCGAGUCGCUGUUCAUUGUGCUCGAGUCCAAGCGCCUGGAUAGAGCUACAGACAAGUCCGGGGAUAAGAUCCCCCUUCUCUGUGUCCCGUUUGAGAAAAAAGACUUUGUAGGACUGGACACAGACAGUAGACACUACAAGAAGCGGUGCCAAGGACGCAUGCGGAAACAUGUGGGGGAUCUCUGCCUUCAGGCAGGGAUGCUGCAGGACUCUCUGGUGCAUUACCACAUGUCGGUGGAACUUCUUCGCUCAGUGAAUGACUUUCUGUGGCUUGGAGCCGCCCUUGAGGGGCUGUGUUCAGCUUCCGUCAUCUAUCACUAUCCAGGUGGAACAGGUGGUAAGAGUGGGGCUCGGCGGUUCCAGGGCAGCUCACUUCCUGCCGAAGCAGCCAACAGACACCGGCCAGGGGCACAAGAAGUUCUCAUUGAUCCAGGUGCCCUCACCACCAAUGGCAUAAAUCCUGACACCAGCACUGAGAUUGGACGUGCUAAGAACUGUCUUAGCCCUGAAGACAUAAUUGACAAGUAUAAAGAGGCCAUUUCCUAUUACAGCAAGUAUAAGAAUGCUGGAGUGAUUGAGUUGGAAGCAUGCGUCAAAGCUGUACGUGUCCUUGCAAUUCAGAAGCGGAGCAUGGAAGCUUCUGAAUUUCUUCAGAAUGCGGUUUACAUUAAUCUUCGACAGCUUUCUGAGGAAGAAAAGAUUCAGCGAUACAGCAUCCUCUCCGAGCUCUAUGAGCUGAUUGGCUUCCACCGGAAAUCGGCGUUCUUCAAGCGCGUGGCUGCUAUGCAGUGCGUGGCCCCCAGCAUCGUGGAGCCUGGGUGGAGAGCCUGCUAUAAACUCCUCCUGGAGACACUUCCUGGCUAUAGUCUGUCCCUGGAUCCAAAAGACUUCAACAGAGGCACGCACAGGGGCUGGGCUGCUGUCCAGAUGCGUUUGCUUCAUGAAUUGGUCUACGCCUCCCGAAGAAUGGGGAACCCUGCUCUCUCUGUCAGGCACCUGUCUUUCCUCUUACAGACCAUGCUGGACUUCUUGUCAGAUCAGGAAAAGAAAGAUGUGACUCAAAGCCUAGAGAACUAUACAUCCAAAUGUCCUGGGACCAUGGAGCUCAUCACCCUCCCAGGUGGCCUCAUCCUGCCUCCAGUACCCUUCACCAAGCUUCCCAUCGUCAGGCGUGUGAAACUGUUGAACCUUCCUGCUAGCCUCCGGCCACACAAAAUGAAAAGCUUGCUGGGUCAGAACAUGUCGACCAAAAGUCCCUUCAUCUAUUCACCGAUUAUUGCACACAACCGUGGAGAAGAGCGGAACAAGAAAAUAGAUUUCCAGUGGGUUCAAGGAGAUGUGUGUGAAGUUCAGCUGAUGGUCUAUAACCCAAUGCCGUUUGAACUUCGAGUUGAAAACAUGGGGCUCCUCACCAGUGGAGUGGAGUUCGAGUGUCUCCCUGCAGCGCUUUCCCUUCCGGCGGAAUCUGGGCUCUACCCAGUGACGCUCGUUGGCGUUCCACAGACUACUGGAACAAUUACUGUGAACGGUUAUCAUACCACUGUCUUUGGUGUGUUCAGUGACUGUUUGCUGGAUAACCUCCCGGGAAUAAAAACCAGUGGCUCCACAGUUGAAGUCAUUCCUGCUUUGCCAAGACUGCAGAUCAGCACCUCUUUGCCCAGAUCUGCACAUUCCUUGCAACCUUCUUCUGGUGAUGAAAUAUCUACUAAUGUAUCUGUCCAGCUUUACAAUGGAGAAACUCAGCAACUUAUCAUUAAGUUGGAAAAUAUUGGAAUAGAACCAUUGGAGAAUCUGGAAGUCACCUCAAAAGUUCUCACCACCAAAGAAAAAUUGUAUGGUGACUUCUUGAGCUGGAAGCUAGAAGAAACCCUUGCCCAGUUUCCUCUACUGCCUGGGAAGGUGGCCACUUUCACUGUCAACAUCAAAGUGAAGUUGGAUUUCUCCUGCCAGGAGAAUCUCCUCCAGGAUCUCAGUGAUGAUGGAAUCAGUGUGAGUGGCUUUCCCCUGUCCAGUCCUUUUCGACAGGUCAUUCGACCCCGAGUGGAGAGCAAACCUGUGAACCCACCUGAGAGCAGCAAGGCAGGAGACUACAGCCAUGUGAAGACCCUGGAAGCGAUCCUGAAUUUCAAAUACUCCGGAGGCCCGGGCCACAUUGAAGGAUAUUACAGGAACCUCUCCCUGGGGCUGCAUGUCGAGGUGGAACCAUCUGUGUUUUUCACCCGAGUCAGUACUCUUCCAGCAACCAGUACCCGGCAGUGCCACCUGCUCCUGGAUGUCUUCAACUCCACAGAGCACGAGCUGACAGUCAGUGCCAGGAGCAAUGAAGAGCUCAUCCUGCAUGCUGGCGAGUGCCAGCGAAUGGCUAUUCAAGUGGAUAAGUUCAACUUUGAGAGUAUCCCAGAAUCCCCUGGGGAGAAGGGGCAAUUUGCAAAUCCAAAGAAGCUGGAAGAAGAGAGGCAGGAAGCCCGAGGUCUGGAGAUCAACAGCAAACUGGACAUCCACUGGAGAAUCCCCUCUCUGAAACGCAGUGGCGAGGCGAGUGUGGAAGGCCUCCUGAACCAGCUGGUCCUGGAGCACCUGCAGCUGGCCCCUCUGCAGUGGGGGGGGUGCGGCUCCCUCAUAUUUGACGAGCAUGGCUCAGGGUCCAGACACUUCAUGGUUAUGAGAUUGGUGGACAGCAGGUUUAAAGGCCUUGAAGAGAGGGGGGAACCUGCUCAUGGGAACAAGUGA